UCAGGGCUGAGGGCGGGAAGGGCGGGGUGUCCCCGCCGGGGUCCCUCGCUCCUUCUCCGCUCCCUCGCCCACACCCCGCGCUUUUUGUACCGUUUUAAAAACAUUCUGCUUCCUCGCCAGCACUUCACUGAGGUUUUUAAAGUAUUUAGUUUAGUGGGGAGGUGUUUUUUUGUUGUUGUUGUUUUCUCGCUUUCAGGCCCCUGAGGCGCUUGGCAGUGAAGGACGGCCCUGGCCACCCCCUCCGCGCCUGUUGUCACCCUUCAGCCCCACAUCGCUCCUCCACAGUGCGCAAGCAGGGAUACAAAAGCACUCCAGAAUCUGCUGACAGGGCACGGAGGAUCCUUGCAUUUGACUGCCCUGCACACUCCAAGACACUCAAGACCAGAACGGUGGCCAAGCCUCUGGAAAUUAGCAAAAUAGAAAUAUGUAGAGAGAUUUCCAGGAGUGCAGAGUCAGGUAAAGGACCUGUUGCAGGGCUCUGGAGAGCCUGCAGAACACAAUUUCUGUCUCUGAUCUUUCAGAAUCUUUUUCCAAGCAAUGGAAAAGCACCAGUGUAAGAAGCAGCCGUUGGCACCACACAGGAAUUUUUUUGGAGUACCUCUUCUGAUACCAUGCUGCCUCGCUGGAGAGUUACCAGAGCUUUAUAUUUUAACGUUGCAGAGACCACAAAAAAGUUCCAUAUGCAGAGGAGAUUCACAGGCCGGGAUGGACCUCAGUAACCCUCAGGAACAGCCUGUAGCUGCAGAGGAACAAGAGGAUUUGACAGACUGUAAUCUGAAUAAAUCCCAGGAAAUGGAAAGCAUGGAUAAUGUGGAAGAUAUGAAGGAACACAAUCAGUCUAAUGAAGAAGCAGGAGAUGAUGUGAUUAAAGUGAAAGGUGAAUACAGUGAAAGAGAGGAGAGUGCUUUAAAUUCCGAGCCAAUGGAAAACCUGGAAGAAUCUGAACUGCCUUACACAUAUCCCAGAGAAUAUAACGAAUAUGAGAGCAUUAAACUGGAAAGACACUCGGGUUCAUAUGACAACGUCAGGCCAGCUAGUGGAAAGAUGAAUUGUGAUAUCUGUGGAUUAGCCUGCAUUAGCCUCAAUGUCUUGAUGGUUCAUAAGCGUAGCCACACUGGUGAACGGCCAUUCCAGUGUAAUCAGUGCGGAGCUUCCUUUACUCAGAAGGGAAACCUCCUCCGCCACAUUAAACUACACACAGGGGAAAAACCUUUUAAGUGUCACCUGUGCAGUUAUGCCUGCCAAAGGAGGGAUGCGCUUACGGGUCACUUAAGGACACAUUCUGUGGAGAAGCCAUAUAAAUGUGAGUUUUGUGGAAGGAGCUACAAGCAGAGGAGCUCGUUGGAGGAGCACAAGGAGCGCUGCCGGACUUACCUGCAGAACGCUGGCAUGUGUGAGGCUGCCAGCGUGGAGGCAAGGCACAUCAAGGCAGAGAUGGGGACUGAAAGAGCCCUUGUGCUGGACAGGCUAGCGAGCAACGUGGCAAAGAGAAAAAGCUCAAUGCCUCAGAAAUUUAUUGGUGAGAAGCGACCCACCUUCGACGUCAAUUACAACUCCAGUUUCCUGUACGAGAAGGAGAGCGAGAUGAUGCACGGGCGCAUGAUGGACCAGGCCAUCAACAACGCCAUCACCUACCUCGGGGCCGAGGCCCUGCGCCCGCUCGUGCAGACGCCGCCGGCGCCCACGGCCGAGAUGGUGCCGGUCAUCAGCAGCCUGUACCCGCUGCCGCUGCCCCGCGCCGACGUCCCCAACGGCAGCGAGGCCGAGAAGAGCCACCUCAGGGACAAGAGCCUGUCAUCCGACAGGGGCCUCUCCCCCAACAACAGCGGCCACGACUCCACAGACACUGACAGCAACCACGAGGAGAGGCCCAACCCCGCCUUCCACCAGAGCCAGGCGAUCCCAGCUCCGACCCGCAACGGCCUCCAGGCGCUGAAGGAUUUCCCGAGGCCGUACGAGAUCAUCAAGCCGCCCGCCAUCUGCCCGCGCGACGCCUUCAAGGUCAUCAACAAGGAAGGGGAGGCCAUCGGCGCGUACCGCUGCGACCACUGCCGCGUGCUCUUCCUGGAUUACGUGAUGUUCACCAUCCACAUGGGCUGCCACGGCUUCCGCGACCCCUUCGAGUGCAACGUCUGCGGCUACCGCAGCCACGACCGCUACGAGUUCUCCUCGCACAUAGCUCGGGGAGAGCACAGGGUGCUGCUCAAGUGAAAGGACAGCUUCUCCAAGGUCAAGGGAUGUGUUUUUAGUUGGAGGGGAGGCUCGGUCGGUUGGGGUUUUAAUUAGUGUAAUGAAAUUUCUUGAGUAUUUUUCUAGGCCGGUUUUAAGCGUGUCACAAGGUGACGCCUUUUUAAAUUUCUUUCCUGGUAAUUCAGUGUUCUGUAGCAUCUCUGCCUGGCUGCUGUGGUGAGUGGGACUGUGGGAAACACCAGAAGCAGAGACUGGUUUUGAUAUGAACAUUAUUUUUCAGAAUCUUCAGAGCCAUUUAUGAUGUUUUCAAUUUUUAACUUGUGUUUGUUUUUAUAGAGUUUGCUUUAAGUCAGCACAAAAGGUUUUCAUGCCAAUUCCCCUGCUCAUUCAGGUGAAUAGUCAGAGGUGGGUUGGAGGAGCUUUUCCCAGUUAUAAUCCCAGUGGUUUAUCACCAAACCGAGGAAAAGAGGGCAGGAAAAGGGAGGGAUUAUAAAUUCCUCUUUAAAGCUUUUCCCCUAAGCCCUAACAAGAGCGUGGCACACUUUCAUUUUCUUACCCCACUGCUGAUUUUCUUUAAAGUUACUCAGUAAGAGGAAAAUAAGAAAUGACACCUCUUUGGGGUUGGGAUUUUUUAACAGUACGUAUUUUUGGGAUACCCAGCGAGGUCCCUGGAUGGCUCAUCCAUGUGGCCUGGAGGAAAUCCCAAUUUUCAUUGGUGGAAACUCCUCCUUUCUGAUGGCUGCCGAGAACGAGGACGAAGCUGUGCUGUGUGCUGUGCCUCUGUCCCACUGCAGCCAUGUGGCCGUGCCAUCUGUGUCCCCACAGGGUGGCCCUGGCUGGCUGUGGACAGGUGAGACCCCGGGCAGGGCUGUGAGAGCCACCCCAGGACAGCCCUCGGGGGGUGCUGCUCCACACCCUGAGCAGCUGCCAUCCCUUUGAAAUUGGUUUUUACAACUUCUCUUUGAAUUUCCCCAUGGCCCCACAGCUGUGUUGGUGUCCCUGGGCUGGAGAGGGGAUUGGUAACGGCUUUGCUGAGUGAAGGUUUAAUCUUUUUGCGAAAUAUUUUUGUAUCCCGUAGUUAGGAGUGUUCUGAUGGACUUUCUGCAUCCCUUGUGUGGUUUGAGAGCUGUGUUGCUUUUGUGUUAGCCCUGCUGAUCCAAUCACUUCCCUGAGGGAAGGCUGAAGAGCUGAGGGUCAAGAAAUACUGAAAUUCAUCCCUCCCUUUGAGUUCUUUUGGCUCAAUUAUUUCCUCCCUGAAUUUUAAGGUACAAAAUAAGAAAUUUAUAUUCGUGUUUUCCACUAAAGGUGGACUUGGAGAGGGAUAAAUCAGCCUGCAGUGUGUCUGAGUAUCCAGGGUGCUGUGGAAGUGCUAAUCCAGGAUCCUGCUGUCCCUGGGGUUGAGGAGAACCCUUCUGCUGUUUUGUGUGGAGCUGCAAAGCAGGUUUGGGAUGUUUCCCAGAGCUCCAUCAUGAGCAAGGUGCAUGUUGGCUCUCCCCAAACGAACACCUCUGUCACAAUGUGACCAAUGCUCCUCCUGUGAUGCUGCAGCUCCACCAAGGAUCAGCCCCAAGGACCAAGCUUUGGGGUCCAGAAAAGAGAGGGAAAGGGAGUGAGAGAAUUCCCAGAGAACAAAGAGAAGGUUCCACUGCUGUCCUGACAUUUCUAAGUCCAACAUUUUUAGGACAUUGUGGUUGUCUUUAUCAAUUUCUAAUUUUGUGAUAAGCUUGCUUUUCAAAGGCUUCAUUUUCAAAACCAAAGAAUUGUCAAUAAAUGAAUAAAAUAUUUAAAUAA